AGAGAAGUUCAGAAACUUGUUUGGGAAACAAGCCUUCUAUUAAAUAGGUAGAAGGGAAACUUUUCUCUGGGUGAUCCUUUGCCAUGUUCUCUUGCUUGCUUCUGAAACAGAUCCUGCUUGUGGUAUUAACAGGUUCCUUCACAUCAUAUGCUGAGAUUGUCAUACAAGGAAAAGUGGGUGAAAACAUCACGCUACCCUGUUAUUAUUCAGUUAAGGAUCAUGGACUCACAGAUACCUGUUGGGGACGAAGUUGCCCAUUAGUGGGUAGUUGUCCCAAUAAAAUGAUUAGCAUUAAUAAAAAUCUGGAGAUAGAUGGGCAACUCGAAAAAAUUCAUCUAAUGGGAAAUGUCAGUCAAGGAGAUGUAUCUCUGACCAUUGUUAACAUAACAAAAGAUGAUAUGGGGACAUACUGUUGUCGAAUGGAAUAUCAAGGAUUGUUCAAUGAUGGGAAAAAGUUUUUCAAAUUACUGAUUGACGAAGCAUCGCUUCAUACAACUCCUAUAUAUUUCAGUACGUCUAAUUUUGUUUCUGAACCAAAACGGGUAUUCAUUACUGAAUCUCCAGUCAAUAAUAUUUCAUUUUAUAUGUCUACAAUAGUAAGGAAGCAAGGGAAGAAUCCAUAUUAUCGGAUAGGCCUAUACAUUGGUAUUGGAGCAUGUGCAAUUAUAUUCAUCAUUAUAAUCCUGCUAAUUAUAAAGUGGUAUCUACACAAGAAGCAGAAGACAAUUAAUUCUGCAAGUCAAGUGGCAUUUUCAAAUUUAGCAGCUCGAGGGGUUCAGAAUGUUCUCAACGAUGAUGUCCAUGCGCCGGAAAACAUUUAUCACUACAGUUGAAGAAUCAUGUUAGCAGGCUCAUGUCUAAGAAGGCACUCUAUUUGGAGCAGCAUAUUUGGAAAAGAGAUCUUGUAAUAGACGUAUAUAGAUUCACACUUUUGUUUAUAUUCAUGAGUGUCAGAUUAAUGUAUGCGAUAUGAAAUGAGAGAAUCUGUUUUAUGAUCUUGCAGUAGAAAUACAGUGCCUUGUUUAGCAUCUCCCCCUAUUAAUGCUAUGCGGGAGAACUGCCAGUUUCAGACUGUGCUCCAAUACUCAGUUAUCCCUUCUCUUGACAUUAAGCCCAAUGGCCUAUGCAGCUUAUUUGUCAUCCAUCUGCUACAGGUAGAGACAAACUGCAUUUGCAUUUUGCUUAUUUGCUUUCUAUUAUCAGCUGAAAUUUGGUGAAAAACAGCCAGCCAUAGGAUAGCUGCUUCUUACAAAAUUAUAAGCUCAUGUUUGGCUGUAUGGUCCUAUGAAGUUGGCACAUGCUAACCUGCUACAUCCUCUUUUGAGCAUUUGGAUGGAUAUAGAAAUGUAGGUAAUACAUUUACCAAUUCCAAUGCUGAUUUGACUUAACCUCAGUUGACAUUUUUGGUCCUGGGUACAGGUUUCACAAGACAUCUUUUCAUUGUUAUGAAAUCCAGCCACAAUCUUCAAGUAUUUGAAGGGGCAAUGACAUAUAGGGGAUUUCUACCUGUUGCUUCUUAUCUAUGGCUGUUUUCCAUGUGGAUCCUGAUUGAGAAUCCUGAUUUUUCAUGUUAUGUCAUUGUGUGAAAACUAUCUGCAUUAAUUGCCUACUAAAUGAGGAAGACUAAUGGGGGGGGGGGGGAGUCUAGUAUGUGCUCCACUUGAACAUAAUUCCUGUUUACUGAAUGAGACAAUCUUGACAUGAAACUCAUUUCCUGCUAUACCUGUCAAAGGUGGCAUUUCUACUAUAAACUUUUCCGAAAAGGUUUUCACAAUUUUGGCAAGCUUUACCUGGUCCAUAAUUUUUGCCAAAAAGCAGAAACAUAUGUCAAAAAUGAAGGAGCUAAAGCAAUGGCUCCCAAACUUUUCUAUACCCCGCAUUCCUAUAGAACACUUUGAUAUAUUCUCACACCCCUUACAAAAGCUUGAAAUAAUGGCAAUGAAUUAUGCAUACAUGCUAUAAUUUUGAAAACCCAAGUUUUUCUACCACCUGGAAUAUUGCUUCACACCCCCAGUUGGAAACCCCUGAGCUAAAGCAACUGAAAAUCUAUAAUAGUUGAUAGGUUUGGAAAAAAUAAUUAAAAUGGAGGGAUCAUUAUUUUGGUGGAUGAAAUUAUGCUCAAUUUUAUGUGGUGAAGAUGAUAGAUAUUCUUUCCAUUUUAUAAUAUGACUUUGGAAUUAGUGGUUAUUAUCCGUGUUAGUACUUGCCUAUAUUAUCAAAGGCAAUGUUCAAGCAAAGCUUUUGAUGCCAAAUAUUUCUAUAUUUCCUUAAGACAAUUUUCAGCCAUUUUUUAUUGUUUCUGAAUGAAACUCAGUUUACUAUCCAUUAGUUAUUUAUGCCUUCUGAUAGAGCAGUGGUUCUCAACGUUUGUGUGACGGUGACCCCCGUCACACAAACGUUCUGCGCAUGCGUGGCGCCGCGCGCAUGGGGGCAUCGCCCCCAU